UAAUAUUAGUAGUUUUGUCAGCUUCCACUUUUGUUCUUAUACUUGUCAUAAUAAUUUCAGUUACUUCUAUUUGUCUGCUUCUUUGUCUUUUGAGUGUUCAAUUUCACUACCCAAAAUGGACUCAUACAAAAACUCCAAUUUUGAUUCUUGAAGAAGUGGACCAGUAAAUUGAUCAAAAAUUUCAACUUUUUUUUCCCUCUUCUUUGUUUUCCCCUCUUUAGUGUUUUUGGACUAGAAGAAUGGUCAUCAGUGCUGUGAAAGCAUCUUCAGUAGCUAUGGUUUCUUUAGACAUUUGCAGCAGGUGUGAUUUUAAUGGUCGCGUUGGAUGUUGGAUUGGGAAUGAGAAAGGAAAAUGGAACAAAUUGGCUUCUGCUGCUGCUGCAAGUACAAAGUCACCCAAAUUGCGAAUGAGCAUUUCACCUAUGGCUUCCUCUGCUGCUCUAGCAGAAACCCGAUGGUCGUCUCGAGCCAAGUUCUAUGAGGAGGUUUUGAAAGGUGCUAGGGAAAAGUUUACACAGGAGAUAUCAUUUCAGUCCAAGGACAAAGAUAUAUCCCUGGCAAAGGCUUUGCUCUACAUUGCUUCUGAAGAUGAGGCAUUUAUGGAUUUCAACCGGGAAAUGGAUGCUUAUUCACUCCAAAAUGAAAGGAGAUCUGCUUCGUUGGCAUCUGAUACCACAGACUGGAAAUGCGUGGAAGCCAUGCCUCUGGCUGGAAAGAAUAUGAAUGAGUGGAUGGCUGAAUUGGAUUCCAUUGCAAGGGAAGUUGAAGCAGAGCUAGUUCUGAGAGAUAUAGGAUGCCAUUUGGUUGAAGUUUUGGAUGCAGUGAAUGUUGUUCUUUUUAAGUCGAGGGGCUUCAAAAGGUUGUCUGUGAUAGUGGACCCGAAAUGUUCAUACCUGCAUUCAGUGUUAAGCUCUGGAUAUUGUAGCGCAAUUUUGCUUAGUGUCAUUUACAUUGAAGUUUGUCGAAGACUUAAUUUGACCAUUGUGGGAUCUCGAAUUGGAGAAGAAUUCUUGAUAUGGCCCCAAACCGGAAACCCUGAGGAGCUAUUCAAGGUUACUUCUGGUCACAGCCAGUUUGGUAUAGUUAACGGAAAGUGCGUCGAUGACCCUAGAUCAAUGGCCUCGGACAUCAAUAGCAGUUCACUGUCAGAGCUUGAGAUUGCAACAAACCGAGAUAUUAUCGGAAUUGCUUUGGCUAACCUCAUGAGGAUUCACUGGAAACGUGCGUCAAGAGCAAAUCAUGGUUUGAUGCUGACUUCUCCACUUAGGUCCGUGGAUAAGUCUGAAGAGAAGUUUAAGAAGACUGAUGCCUCAACUGUACCUUUGCUGCGGCCUCAAGAUUUGAGGCUGGCUAUUAUGGCUUCGCAAAGAUUACUGAUUCUGCAGCCGCACAAUUGGGCUCUGAGGAGAGACCACGGCAUGAUGUUGUACUAUAGCAGGGAUUACGAGGAGGCGGUCCAGGAGCUUAGCAUUUGCAUGGUCUUUGCUCCUGAAGAAGAAGCUGAAGUUCUAGAGGCAUUUGUUGGGAAGUUACACCUAUUGCGGCUCGAGUCAUCAUGGAAGAAUCUGGAACGUAAAGGUUGUGAGCCCGGACCUGCUUGAUCUCCUACUAUUUUCUACUACAUCCGUGGCUAUCAUUUCGAGUGUUGAGGUAGCUGUUACAUCCAUCUAGCGGACACCUCUUACUCUUUUAUUAUGUUUUAGUCCUACUCUAGAGACAAAGACAUUGUGACUGUAUUUUCUUUCGUACUUCAGUAAUUUAUUAGUGGCUUGUAUACGUGACAACCAGUCUUGAGGGAUUUUGAGAUUAUU